AAUUAGUGAUAAACAUAAGACAUUCAUACAUAAGAACAUUGGUGUUCAAAAUUACAAGUCUUCAAGUUUACAAAAUGAAAAUCCUCAAAAAGAAAAUCUUCUUCCUCCUAAUUAUCUUCUCAUACUUAAUAUGCACACAAUGCGCGCAUCAAAGCUCAGAUAUGGCUGAUUAUUGCGUACCACAAGUAUGCAACUACAACGAACCAUUUUCGCGAAACGUUCAAUUUCCAUUCUUGAUCAAUAAUGAUUCCAUGCCAAGUUUUUGUGGGUAUCCAGGGUUUGAUCUGUUAUGUAAUGAAGAUGAUAAGCUACUAAUUGAUCUGCCUGAUUUAGGAGCUUUUACCGUUAAAGACAUAGAUUAUGUCAACCAAGAGUUAUGGCUUAAUGAUCCUGAUGAUUGCUUACCAAGAAAGCUUAUUUCACUUAAUGGCACAAGUUUUGUGGGUAAAUCUUCAUUUCUUCCGAAUUUCGAGCAAGAUUAUUGGUUUUAUAAUUGCUCUAAUGAUUAUUUCAACUCUUCAAAUCAUGUUAACAUUAGGGUAAUUGAGUGUUUAAGUGGUACUAAUUAUGGGGUUUUUGCUAUUCCUUUGGAGAGAAGUGUUAAUUCUUCUUUGUGUAGGAAAAUAGGGCCUAUUAAAGUUCCUAUAGGACCUUAUGAAGAAGACUUUUCUUCAAGUCUUAGAGGUGAUAUUAGGCUCACUUGGUAUCAACCUCUUGAAUGUGGAGAAUGUUAUGAGAGACAUGGACGAUGUAAGUUUAAGAGUAACUCCAACUUGGAAGUGGAAUGCUUCAAUGUUCCUCGACAAGGAUUUAGUAGAAAUGCUUUGGUUGCCAUUGCCUUCGCAUUAGCAGCACCAUUGGGGUUAGUUACAUUCUGCAUUGUGUACUUUGCUGUCAAGGCAAUCAUCUACAGACAAAGACAUCUUAGAGGUGUCACACCCGACUUAACAGCCACUUCGCAGCCUCAGACGGUUGUUCGAGGUCUCGAUCGAGCCGUGAUCGAGGCGUACCCGGAAGUGGUCCUAGGUGAGAGUCGAAGACUACCAAAGCCAGAUGACAUGAACUGCCCAAUAUGUUUGGGAGAAUAUUUGCCUAAGGAAAGUUUAAGGACUAUACCAGAUUGUGGUCAUUGUUUUCAUGCUGAAUGUAUUGAUGCAUGGCUUCAUUUGAAUGCAUCUUGCCCAAUUUGCCGUAAUGCUCCUUCCAAAGGUCCAGAUAAUACUACUUGAUCGAUGUGCAUCAUGUGCUCAUACAUGAUUAAAGUAAGGGCGCACUAUUAUUUACCGUCUAUAUUUUACUAAAAAUUGCCUGUAGUAAAUGCACUAUAUUCCUAAAUUAUCCCUACAUAUACUCUCAAUUUCACUCGAGUAAAGUAAUUAGGAUACGAUAUUGUACAAAGUUCUACUUUUUGUUUGUAAGUGCAUAUUGUACAUAUAUAGACAUAUAGUUGGAGAAAAGAUUGUGUUGAUACAUACAUCAUUACUCUACCAAUGUUUAAUCUACUAUUUUCUCUUGCUCA